UUUUCUAUCACUGCUUCCAAUCUUCUCAAAAUUAACACAUGCUUUGCUAAAAAGAAAGAAAUACAUAUUACUUCUUGGCCUUCAAAAUUGAUAUUCUCCUAUGAUAUUCUUCAAAUCCCUGAUUAUUCCCUAGUCUACCCUCCGAACCCAAUUUAUGAUAAUUAGAGUACGUAAACAGCAUUAGAAAUCUUAUUACAACUAUUUUAAAAUUGAAUAGACAUUAUUCCUUAAUUUUUACUCUUUAUUUUGAAGCUUUUUGAAUUUUUUCAUUGCUUGUGUCAUUUAAUUUUUUUCAAGCAAAAAAAUUUUUUAAUUUAGCAAAGCAAAAAUGCUUUUGUUUACACAAAUUUUUUAUUUUAUUGCCUUUCUCUCUUUAUUUCUCAAUAAACCUAUUUAUGGAUUACUUACAAAUUGCUUGAAUGGGGCUCCUUGUGAUUGCGAUCCUGACGUUAUUGACUAUUGGGAAGAUUUAGAAUUUACAACUCCUUCGGAGCUUUUAACAACCACAAUGUUUAUUGGAACUACAGAAAAAUUAAUGACAACGUUGGGUAAUACAACGACAACAGCUUUUCCUGCCACAACAAAAAUGUUAGAGACUACAAGAAAUGAAGAGACGACAGAGACAAUUUUGACUACAGAAAGCUCGACAACCUUAACUACAACUGAAAGUGUAGUUACCACAACUAAAAUGUUAGAGACUACUGUAAAGGAAGAGACGACAACAGAAAGUGCUGUUAACACAACGACAGAAAAUGUUGAGACAACAAAAGCUCCAACAACUCCAACACAGGCAGAAACAACUGAAUUUGCUUCAACAAGUACCUUAACUACUACGGAAGCUUUGCCUACCACGAAUAUUACAAUUCCUUCAACAAUUCAAUCCACAACUAUCGUCACAACAUUGCCAACAACUGCAGAGUCUACAACCUUAUUAACGACAGAAUCUAUUCAAACGACAACUUUAGAGGUAACAACAACCACACAACCGACGACUGUUGAACCGACAACAACUAGUACAAGUACGAUUAUGCCCACAACUACGAUGCCUUGCGUUCCUUGUGCAGCUGGGCAGUCGUUAGUGUUAUACGAUAAAAAUAUUUUGAAUAGUAAUCAGAGCAUUAAUAAUGUACCCGCAUAUAGAUGUGAUAAUUGCAAUCAAAGCACAAUUUCAGAGGUAAUUGUUUGUCGAUAUAGAAAUUGUUGA